UCCGGAUUUCGUUCGCAGCAGCUGAAGAUUGCUGUAGCUAGCGGUUUGAGCUCCAGAGCUAAUACAGUACAAGGAUUCAUGACAGAGUGUUGCUAGCUAGACUAGUUGCAUCGCAAGACUCGAUUCAUUCGGUCCUGCAGUCUGCGAAGGACAUUCGACACUCCAGCGGACAGGGACGUAAAGCGAAGCCCCAGCAGGAUACCUCGCUGACUGGAAAUUGGACCGAGACUUUUGCCCGCUCUUCUCCACUCGUCUUCGAGCUCAAAGUCACUCAAUGCUGCGCUCCUCUCACUCAGCGCAGCACCACGGCUCCGACUAGGUAGCUAGCUGUUCAUGUUCUUGUAGUUAUCUAGGCUCAGGUUCAGAACAAGGACACCAGCGAUACGUUUUUGACAUUUGACGAACGAAUUAGGCACAGGGAGAAACCGAUCCACGAAGAGACGGGAGUCGGGGCCAGGCGGGGAAGCGAGGGGUGCCCGGAUAAAGUAAGGGGGUCGCCUCCAGCAGCCUUGGCGGAUUUAUCCCUACCCAAGUUACAAACAUCAUGGAUUGGUUAAUGGGUCUCCCUCUAUCACAAUUCAAGUCCAAUGCUCAUAAGAAGCGUGAUAGUGACGAUUGGGGUGUGGGGAUGAGGAUGGUCAAACCGUGUCCUGCUGAGUUCACGUUGACAAGGAAGUCUAAGACGAAGCCCAAUGGGAAGAAGCCGCCAGCGGAAGAGAAGAAGCAGUAUCUGGAGGCAGAGUUCACGAAAGUACGGGUGGUCGACUUUGACCUGAAAGAGCUGGUGAUGCUGCCCAGGGAGAUAGACCUCAACGAAUGGCUCGCCAGCAACACUACGACCUUCUUCAAUCUUAUAAACCUGCAGUACAGCACCAUCUCCGAGUUCUGCACUGGGGACACCUGUCAAGCCAUGACCGCCUGUAACACAAUAUACUACUGGUAUGACGAGAGGGGGAAGAAGACAAAGUGCACUGCACCUCAGUACGUCGACUUCGUCAUGAGUCUGGUGCAGAAGCUGGUAACAGACGACGACAUCUUUCCUACGAAAUACGGCAAAGAGUUCCCCAACGCGUUUGAGUCUUUGGUAAAGAAGAUCUGCCGUUAUCUGUUCCACGUCCUGGCUCACCUCUUCUGGGCGCACUUUAAGGAGACAGUCGCCCUGGAUCUACAGGGCCACUUGAACACUCUGUACGCACAUUUCAUUGUUUUCGUAAGGGAAUUCAACCUGGUCGACCCCAAGGAGACCUGUAUCAUGGACGACCUGUCCGAAAUCCUCUGCGCCCCCGCGCCCCCAGCACCCGCCGCACCUUCCUCCCCCACCUCGGCCCCUUCCCCCUCCUCACACAACCAUGUGACGGAGAGAUGAGCAGGGGUUGCCGCGAGAAGCAGCCCCGGGAAGGAGGUGGUAGAUGAUAAAGAUAGAGGAGAGAAGUGGAAACAGAACGCCUGGUCCCCUUCCUAGGCCUCUGGCUUCAGCAGCAGGACCUGGAGACCUUCCACUACCCUUAUAUUUCGCUAUGACGCCAGCCAGCCGGAAGGAUCCAGGGGGGAGGGGUUUUUGGGGGUGGGGGGUAGGGGGGGGGUGUUGUCACGCCAACAGGAAUUGGCGUCAGCAUGUUCCUCCCAGGGGCAAAUCCCUCCCAUCUGCUCUGCAAUUUAAACUAGGAACAAACUAUGUGUAAUGUUUUAUUUGACUUUUAUUAUAUUUUGUUUUAUUUUUCUCAUUGAGGACAGUGUGUCUGUUUGCCCUUUCCUCCCUCUGUCCUCUGCCUAAAGUAUAGUUCAGGAUGGUGGCUCUGCUUUGCUUGAACAUACUAUUGUACAGUGUUGUUAUUGUGUGGAGAAAAGGUGACUCUAUUAUCGUAUUGGCUCUUUGCUCCCCCUAGUGGUGGGAGGAUUGAAGGGGGACCGUCACUACGCUGGCCUAUAGGGAGCCAUGUAACUGCCUGGUGGGCGACACUAGCCAAUCACUGUUUGGGUUGUUAAUCUUGGGAUGAUUCAAGUGCUUCCUACUCAGGACCUGAGAGAACACAAGUCACUGCUGCCAGAGAGAAGUAGUCUAUUUUUCUCAUUCUCUCUGUCCACAAAACUUCUCUCAGUCCCUUAAAUGUUAGUUGUCAUUCUGGUAUUACUCUAGUCAGGUAAUCACCUGAUGUACCCCUCUUUAACAGAUCCAUCCCAGAGGCCACCCAUAGAGGGCAGUAUAGACAAGGGUGGCACUGCCACACAAGCAGGGAGAUAGAGAAGAAGAUAUAAAGAUUGUAUAUUAGAUAUUUAAUCUGACCAGACAUGUUACUACAAGACAAAGUGGUUCCCAUUAUUUGAGUACAGGGGAGGGUGGUGGAGAGUGGAGACCUCUUCCCCAGGGAACAGAGCUGUUUGCUGUGGGUACGGUACAGCGGCAGCCCCCCUGCUUCCACCAGCAGCACAGGAGAAGGACAAAGACAUUGGUUAUGUCUGCACGCCCAAAAAGAAGGGAGGAAAGGAGGAUACGUGUGGGGGUGGUCUGUUUGCUGUUCUGUAUUGCGGAACAAGCCCCACAGUCUCUUGACGAUACCCCCCAGCCCCUUACCUUUUGGUUUUUAUUUUCCCUUUCAAAUGUACUUUUUUUUUUUUAAUUAUCAAAGAUGAAACUAGUUCAUGAAAAAUAAUGGCAUCCUUACACAUGUAUAGAAAAAUGCACAGUCUGCUUCAACUUCACUGUACAGAGAGUGGCAAGCUGAAUCCGUCAGACAUAGCCUCUGUAUCAAGGAGGAUUUGGGUUUAUAGUUCUCCUUUUUUAUUUAUCUUUUUUUUUUGCAGGGUUCUUCAGUUCUGGCUUUUAUUUUCAUGUAUUUUAAUUAUUAACUAAGUUAAAAGCAAUUUAAUAUUUUAAACUCUGCGGAUAAUAAUCGAAUAAAAGACAAAUGCCG